CAGGUCCAAACCUUCAUAAUGUUUUCAUGUGUGCAAUAGUUUGUUUGAUGAGUAUGAGUUGCGCCAUGGCAUCUGACUCAUGUGUAGGAAUCAAGGGGGCUUAUUGGCCUUCUGAUUCAUCUUUCCCACCAUCCGCCAUAGACACAACUUUGUUCACUCACAUCUACUAUGCAUUUCUUAAUCCCAACAACGUCACCUUCAAAUUCGACGUCGAUGAUUUGACGGCGAAGCUGCUCCGCGGCUUCACCUCCACUCUCCGGUCCAAGAACCCGCCGGCGAAGACGCUGUUCUCGGUCGGCGGGGCGAGCGCCGGCGGGAGCGUGUUCGCACGCAUGGCUUCAACGGCUGCGACGCGGAAGAGCUUCAUUCAUUCUAGCAUACAUGUGGCUAGGAAGUUCGGGUUUGAUGGGAUUGAUUUGGACUGGGAAAUGCCUCAGAACCCAGAAGAGAUGGAGCAUUUCGGGGUUUUGUUAGGUGAGUGGCGCGUGGAAAUCAAGAAGGAGGCGCUGCGCAAUCGCCGCCCACAACUGCUGCUCGCGGCGGCGACGUAUUUCUCCGUUGACUUCUUCUUAGACAAGGUAUACCGGGCAUACCCAGUAGCGGCGAUCAACGAAAACUUGGACUGGAUCAACGCAAUGUGCUAUGAUUAUCAUGGAUCAUGGGAUACCUCGGCGACAGGAGCUCAGGCAGCCUUGUUCGACCCGAAGAGUAACAUAAGCAGCAGCUAUGGCCUCGGAAAAUGGAUCGAGGCGGGGCUGUUAAGAAGCAAGUUGAUUAUGGGCUUGGCGUUGUAUGGAAGGACGUGGAAAUUGAAGGAUGCUAGUUUACAGGGAAUCGGAGCUCCGGCCGUUGACGCCGGCCCCGGCCGCGGGGCUCUGACGUUUAACGAAAUUGAAGCGUUUAAUAUGGAGAAGAAUGCGACGGUGGUUUAUGACGCGGCGACUGUGUCUGUGUACUCGGUGGCGGGGACAUCAUGGAUUGGGUACGAUGAUCCUAGAUCCAUCUCGGUUAAGGUCAAAUACGCUCGGACUCUCAAGCUUCGUGGCUACUUUUUCUGGGCCGUCAAUGGUGACCAUGAGUGGAGAAUCUCUAAACAAGCUAAGCAGACGUGGGAUUACUACCAAAGAUGAUGGAACUAUGCUUGAUUCAAUUCCCCUUCAUGAAUAAAGUGGAUUUCUUGUCUGUGUGUGUGUGUUUUUUCAUCACAUAUUGUUCUAUUGUUCUUCAAAUUCAAUGUCACAGUAAUGGUUGCACUUGUGAUUUUGUAUGUAGCUUUAUCAAUAACAGU